AUGGCAACGAACGCGCUUAAAGAAGCGAAGCUUUCAAGCACCCUGUGUCGCUUGAGCCCUCCAAGCUCUCCGAUACACCCUUUCUUCACGAGCUCGCAAGCGAGCACCGAAUCUGCGCCGCCCACGUCUCGAGAGCGAUCGAAGACAGCCCCCGCCGCCCCUACGUCGUCCAGAGGCAAAUCCAAAGCGAAGGUUGCAUUCGCUGCUCCCGCGACCAUUCCAGAAAGCGACAUAGAGAACCAUCCAGAGGCGGCCAUGGCGCUGGACAUCCAAGACGCGCCACGUCUUCCAGCAUUCCUCCCCCAGUACUCUUACAAGGAUUACUCGCCUGUGCCAGCAGUCGUCUACACCCCAGACGAGGAGGAGGCGAAUGACCUCGUACAGUGCUUGAAGGGUCCUGUGAUGGGGUUCGACCUCGAAUGGGUUGUACUCUUCCGGAAGGGCAGGUCUGCGAUGAGCCACAGGACCGCGCUGGUGCAGAUUUGCGAUGCGCGGAUGAUUCUGCUCGUCCAUGUCAGCGCGAUGAAGAAGUUUCCUCAGAAAGUGAAGGAAUUGAUCGAGAACAAAGACAUCGCGAAGCUCGGCGCGAAUAUUAAGAACGAUGGCCAGAAACUCUUCAGAGACUACGGCAUUCUCGCAAGAAACCUUGUCGAACUGGGGGCCGUUGCACGACAGGUCGAUCCCUCUUUCGCUAAGGCACACAAGAGAUCCAUCGUCAGCCUUGCGAAGGUCGUCGAGACUUACACCCAGAAGACGCUGAGCAAGGGUCCAGUUCGCACCAGUAAUUGGGAGACCAAGCCUCUCUCGGAGUCGCAGAAGUUCUACGCCGCCAAUGACGCACACUGCGCCCUCGUGGUUUACAACCGUUUGGUAUCUCUCGCGGAGGACGCGGGGCUCACGCUCGAACCCGAGACCAUCGGGGCAGACUUGGCACAGGAGUACCAAGCGAAGACCGUCUCGCAUUCUGUUUCCCCCGGCGAGCCGGGCCCCUCUACCGUACCCGCAAAGACCCCCAAGGACGCACCACCUGCGCCUCGAGUGGAGAAGCCGACGAGCGUGCCACACUGCAGACCGCGUCCUUACAUAUGGUCCCGACCAUUAGUCUACUCGGGGGAAGCAGGAGCUCCGUUCGAGGGGCCUGGCCCGUCCUCCAGCAUGGCAUCUUCGCAAACGAGCACGAGCACAUCGGCGCCCAGAGAACCUCCUCGACCGCAGCACCUGCGUGCCUACAAAUUCUGGCACCAACAGAACAUGUCGCUGCCCGACAUCUGCGCGAAUCUUCGAAGCAAAAGUAACCCGCUCGCGGAGAGCACCGUCAUCUCGUAUGUCGUGCGCGCGCUACAAGCCGACCCCACCCUGCCGUUCUCGAUGGACCGUCUGAAGGCGUUCGUGCAGCUCGAGGCGGGGUCCUGGGUGCGACACCGGGAGUGGAUCAUGGAGAAGGACGGCUAUGCGAAGUCGUAG